AUGUUAAUAAGAAUUUAAAAUUUGUAAUAUGAUAAGAAAUCAUACAAUUUUAGAAUUAACUGAAAGUAAAUUAUAAAAAUAAAUAUUGUAAAAUAUAUUAAAUUACAUAUUUAUGUUUUUCGUAUUGGCUAUUUUUUUUUUUUUAUGAAUAUUGCAAUAUAUCUUGCAAUCUUAUUGGUAACUGUUAUUAUUUCUAUAUGUUCAAACCAAUGAUAGAUCUCAAUAUACAUAUAUUACUACCACAAAUUCGGCAACUAUUAACAGUACACAUAUUUAGGAGAUCAGCGUGAAACUACAGACGCAUAUAAUCAUUACCUCUCAAUAGGAUUGAAUUGAAGUCGUUAUUAAGAGUAAUUGAGGAAUUACUUGUUUUUUAAAAUGCCUAAUAUUAUAAACGAUAUCAAAUUAGAUUUUAAAGAUGUUUUAUUACGUCCAAAGAGGAGUACGUUAAAAAGCAGAGCCGAAGUCGAUUUAUUUACAGAAAUUACAUUUCGUAAUUCAAAACAAACUUACAAAGGAGUACCUAUAAUCGCCUCAAAUAUGGAUACAGUAGGAACAUUUGAAAUGGCUAAAGCUUUAGCAAAGUUUGGUCUAUUUACUACUGUUCAUAAAUAUUACUCGGUGCAAGAAUGGAAAGAUUUUGCUACUGAAAAUCCUAAGGAUCUGAAAUAUGUAGCUGCUAGUUCUGGCACAGGAAAGGAAGACUUUGAACGAUUGUCAAAUGUUUUGACAGCUGUACCCGAAUUAUCUUUUAUUUGUUUAGAUGUAGCUAAUGGUUAUUCUCAACAUUUUGUUGAAUAUGUUAGGAAAGUGAGAGCUGAAUUUCCUAAUCACACAAUAAUUGCAGGAAAUGUAGUUACUGGUGAAAUGGUAGAAGAAUUAAUAUUAUCUGGAGCUGAUGUAAUAAAAGUUGGAAUUGGUCCUGGAUCUGUAUGCACUACGCGAAUGAAAACUGGUGUAGGAUAUCCACAAUUAAGUGCUGUAAUUGAAUGUGCAGAUGCAGCUCAUGGUUUAAAAGGACAUAUUAUUUCUGAUGGUGGUUGCACUUGUCCAGGUGAUUUAGCGAAAGCUUUUGGUGCUGGGGCAGAUUUUGUAAUGGCAGGUGGUAUGUUUGCUGGACAUGAUGAAUGUGGAGGUGAUACUAUAGACAGAAAUGGCAAAAAAUAUAAACUGUUUUAUGGUAUGGCUUCCAAUACAGCAAUGAAAAAACAUGCUGGAAUUGCUGAAUAUAGAUCAUCAGAAGGUAAAACGGUGGAAGUGCCUUAUAAAGGUCCAGUGGAAACUACUGUAUUAGAUAUAUUAGGCGGUUUGCGAUCUGCAUGCACAUACACAGGCGCUGAAAGAUUACGUGAACUACCACGUCGUGCUACAUUUAUACGUUGCACACAACAAUUAAAUCCAAUGUAUGGUCCGCCACCAGAAAUCUGAAGUCAUUUUAAUUAUCAAAUUUAUUGUAGUACACAUGUAGAAAAAAUAUUAUUACUAGAUCGAUUAACAAAUGCUAUUAUUUGCUGGCAAAUAAUGUUUAUGUAAAAAUUUAAAAGCUUCAAGUAAUGUAAAUGUACAUACAUUUUGAUGACAAUUUUAAAUUGCACUGAAUUCAGUGAGUUCAAAAGAAAUAACGCUUAAGAGCACAAACAUAUACUUUAUUUUUAUAUUUAUAUUCUUUUUAUGAGUAAUUCAUACUUAACUGUACAUAAACAUAUAUAUGUCGUUACGUAUAUUCAAUAUACAAAUAGAAUCUGCCAAUAUUACAAUUAAAUAUUCCUAAAUGUAUUUUGUAAAAUUAGAAAAAUUAUGUGUUUGAUACACAUAUGCAUAUAUAAUUUUUAUUAAGUUAAUUACAUAUGUACAUAUGUAUAAAGUAAAUUUACAUAGUGCAUGUGCGUAGUACAAAUUAUAUAAUAUAUAUACCAAAUAUAAGAUGCUAAUAAAAAUAUUAAAAUCUGGAAUUUUGAAAUAUCGAAUUGAUCAUUUUAUGAAUAAUAAAUAAUUAUAUAUCAGAUUUUGUUUCAUUAAGGAAAUUCAUUAAUUUCGUUUCAUUUUAUUUCUCUUCAUCAAAUUAAUAAUAUUUCAAAACAUAGUAUUUCUACAAACCUUGUCAUGAAUCGAUUCGCUUUCAUGUAAAAAUUGUCGAUGCCAAUAUUUU